CUGAGUUGCAGUUUGCCUUCAUCUGUUUCCUGAUUGGGAACGUGUAUGAUGCCUUUGAGCACUGGAAGAGGCUCCUGAACAUCCUGUGCCGCUCAGAGGAGGCCAUGGGGAAGUACCAGGACCUUUACAUCAACCUCAUUUCCGUGCUCUAUCACCAGCUCAAUGAGAUCCCAGCAGAUUUUUUUGUGGACAUUGUCUCCCAGGACAACUUUUUAACCAGCACCUUGCAGGUGCUGUUCUCCUGCACCUGCAGCUCUGCUGUGGAUGCGGCUCUGAGGAACAAGGCUGAGAAGUUCAAGGCUCACCUGACAAAGAAAUUCAGAUGGGACUUUGAGGCAGAGCCUGAGGACUGUGCCCCUGUGGUGGUGGAGCUGCCUGAGGGUGUGCAGGUGGACUGACCCAAAGGGCCCUUUAGGAGCAAACAGCUUCUAAAAUGAGCUUUCCUUCUCUUCUGCAGCCCUGCCAGCUUCUUGAGGGCUGUGUCUGAAGCUGAUCCUCUUUCUGCUGGAGAAGCAGAUGUGGGAAACCCAGGAGGAUGCUGAGCUCUGUGAGGAGCCCAGAGGUGUUGGAGGAGUUUGAGCGUUGCCAUGUGGCACCUUCGGACAGGUUGGGGUUUUCCCAGCCCUCCUGCAGUGUCACCUCCUGGGACACAAACCACAGGCAAAGUCACACAGUCAUUAAAGAUCCAAAAGACCCUUUGAUAUCAUGGAGUUCAGCCCUAAACCUGACACUGCCACAAUCCUGCACUCAGCUGUCCUCUCAUCCCCAGAGAACUGCCCCAGCUCUGACAGAUGGCAAAUAGAGCACACACAUAUCUUACAAUCACAGACAUCAUCCAACCUCCAAACUUCUCUUCAUUCCUUCUCCCUGCUCCACAGGCUCUCUGGUGCUGGACAAAUCAGAGUUUUCAGUCUCAGGGACAGUUUCCUGGUGUGGGGCCUCUGCCUUGUCCUGCACCAUUGAUUGCUGCUGCUUGUCCCAUCCACCUGCAAAUCCAGGCAUGAGGAAUGUGCUGCCCUCCUGUCCCAGUGUGGCACAGCACCCUUUUUAUUGGUGUGACAGGUGAGCAAUGCCAUGGCUGACUCACAAUUAAAGGGCAAAUAUCCUGUAUAGGUGUUAAGAAAAGUCUUGUAGAUUUAUAGUUGUGUUUUACCCUCGUUGAGUUGUUAUCAGGGGUAACCUGGGUUUGGGACAUUUGGGAGGGUCAGUUUGUCACUGUGGCAGCACCUGAGCUCCAGUCAGGAUUUAAGGCAGUGAUCUCCGGCACUAGAGAGCAAAGGAGGAGUUGAUGGACAGGACUUUGAGAGGAGCUAAAGGCUUAAAAGGUGAAACCUCCAUUGUGUGGGUGAGCACAUGCUGGGAAAGAUUCUCUGCUCCUGGCACUGUAAUAUUUUCUCCAUUCAGUCUUCUGUUGUAUUUUUGAUAAGGUUUUAAUAAACCUUUUAAAUGUUUUGAAAGCGAGUUUAAUUUCUCACAUUGACGAGAAAUUUAAAAAAUUAAAGACA